GUUUGGGAUGCUGUAUCCAGCUUAUGCUUCCUAUAAGGCUGUGAAGACCAAGAAUAUUCGUGAAUAUGUCCGGUGGAUGAUGUACUGGAUCGUCUUUGCACUGUUCAUGGCGGCAGAGAUUGCCACAGACAUCUUUAUCUCCUGGUUCCCUUUCUACUAUGAGAUCAAGAUGGCCUUUGUGCUAUGGCUGCUCUCCCCCCAUACCAAGGGGGCCAGCCUGCUUUACCGCAAGUUUGUCCACCCAUCCCUGUCCCGCCAUGAGAAGGAGAUCGACUCAUACAUCGUGCAGGCCAAGGAGCGCAGCUACGAGACCGUGCUCAGCUUUGGGAAGCGGGGCCUCAACAUUGCCGCCUCAGCUGCUGUGCAGGCUGCUGCCAAGAGUCAGGAUGCGCUGGCUGGCAGGCUGCGGAGCUUCUCCAUGCAGGACCUGAGUUCCAUCUCCGAUGCCCCUGCCCCCUCCUACCAGGAUCCCCUCUACCUGGAGGACCAGGUGCCCCACCGGAGGCCACCCAUUGGAUACCGGGCAGGGGGCCUGCAUGACAGUGAUACCGGGGAUGAGUGUUGGUCGGAUACCGAGGCAGUCCCCCGGCCACCAGCACAGGCCCGAGAGAAGCCGCUGAGCCGCAGCCAGAGCCUGCGAGUGGUCAAGAGGAAGCCGCCAGCACGGGAGGGCACCUCACGCUCCCUGAAGGCUCGCACGAGGAAGAAGACUGUGCCCUCGGACUUGGACAGCUAGGGUCUGCAGCGGUCCUGUUUUAUCUUGUACCCUCAGGGUGCCUGGGGCUGUGUGGAGGGACCCUUGACUUCACAUCUGGCUGGCCUGCACCAGCUGCCUCGGCCCUACCCCCCUGGCUUCUGCUGGUGGUUGAGGGCCGGGGCGGAUGCUGCUGGGGCCACUUAGAGGGAUGCAUCUACACUGUACCAAAGAGGACAGGGCCCAGAGUUCUAUUUAUUGCCUUGUCGGCCCUCAACCCUCCCCAGCUGUGGGGCCAGAGCCCUCCCUGAGCCCCUGCAAAUGAAACCAAAAGAUCACCCAGCUGUGAUCAUUCUUUCCUGUUCUUCAAAGUACUUGACAGCCUUUAUGGAGGCCUGGUGUGCGUGUCCUGGUGGUAUGUGUGUGCUGGUGAAUGAGGUCAGGUUUGUGGAUGUUUUGAUAAAUAAAUACAUGAAGUUG